CAUACGCUGACAUCUGCGCAAGAAUCUGGUGUUGCAGACCGUGUCUCAAUCCUGAACAGCAUAAAAUCCACGGAGAUUAGCAAUAUCGUGAAAGCACUUUCUCAGGAUGCUCAGGACACUUUGAUGAAGUACCUUUACAAGGGUAUGGUGAUGCCAGGUUAGAGUAAUGUGAGCGGAAGCGUGCUCUUGGGGUGGCAUGAAUAUUGAAAAGGUGCGCGUGGAACUCACUGACUUCAUAAACUUUUGGUCCUUGAGGUAUUCUCUACCAAGUUAUAUACACACUAUCUUCAGCAACUUGACCUUUGGUAGUGCCCGACACAUCGCGACAAGACGUGGAUUCGCAACUACUCGUAUCUUGUUCAGCAUCCUCUUCUCUCGUUUCGCUGGAUCGAGUCGCGAUCAUUGCCCUCAGUCCAAUAGUAUGGAACGCUGCAGUCUUCCUUGUGCAGUUUAUUAUCUACAUCCUCCCUGCGCCCAUGAUGAACCUCCCGUUCCCGGGACCCGGAUCCAUCAUGGCCUCCACAAUUCACAUCCUCGCUUAACCGGUAUGUUGGGCUUAUAUGAGUUCUUGG